AUGGCUUCCAGCUUCCUUCCUUUCCUCCUCCUCCUCCUGUCGUUCUCCCAAAUCUCCGCCGCCAAUCCCGUUCCUAAAGCCACAAUUUUCCGGCAACAGCUCACCUCCGAUCCCACCACCACUAACGACAUCCCACCCACCACGUUCUUUGAAGUAACGAAACCCAUCCAACUCCCAAACACAAAACCCUGCUCAACCCUUCUUCUACAACAUGAUUUCGGAUAUACUUACGGCAGUCCACCAGUCUCCGCCCAAUACACCCCGCCGUUUAAUUGCCCAUCAACCGAUUUUGCAAAAAUUGUUCUCGAAUGGACAGCUACAUGUAAAGGUCGUCAAUUCGAUCGGAUUUUUGGGGUUUGGCUCGGCGGCGUUGAGCUGCUCAGAAGCUGCACAGCUGAACCUAGAGCCACCGGGAUUGUUUGGACUGUGAAGAAGGACAUUACUAGUAUUCAUUAUUAUCCCUUCGAGAAGAAACCUGUUAAUUCGAAUCAUGCCCAUAACGAAUGGGCUGAUUUGAUCAUACCCAUUUCAAGAAACUUACCAGGGAACGAUGGAUUAUGGUUCGAAAUCCAGAAUUCAACUGAUGUAAAGUCAAAACAGUUUGCGAUUCCCCAAAAUGCAUAUCGAGCUGUUCUUGAAGUGUAUGUCUCAUUUCAUGAAAACGAUGAGUUUUGGCCUACAAAUCUCCCUAACGACUAUAUUUCUGCUAAUAAUUUAUCUGGGUAUCCUGGUGAUGGACCUUUUAGAGAGGUUAUUGUAAGUUUAGAUGGAAAAAUAAUUGGUGCAGUUUGGCCUUUCACUGUAGUUUUCACAGGAGGUGUUAAUCCAUUACUAUGGAGACCAAUUACAGGGAUUGGAUCAUUCGAUCUCCCUUCAUAUGAUAUUGAAAUCACUCCAUUUCUUGGAGCACUUUUAAAUGGAAAACUCCAUGAUUUUGGUUUUGGUGUCACAAAUGCUUUGAAUGUUUGGUAUAUUGAUGCAAAUUUACAUGUAUGGUUGGAUGCAAAGAGUGAGAAGACAAAAGGGAUGUUUUUGAAUCAAAAAAUCUCUCCACUUCAUGAAUCUUUGGUGUCCAAUUUCACGGGUCUUAAUGGGACAUUUCUUACUAGUGUCCAAAGGUCAAUAAAGUCAAGUGGAUGGGUAGAAUCGUCAUUUGGGAAGAUAGUAACCGAGUCAAAACAGGAUUUCAAUUACACUAACAUCAUGGUGAUGUCGAAAAAUGGGGAUUUACAAAUUGUGAACCAAAUAAUCGAGUUUAAUGAUAGUGUGGAUUCCAAGAUUCCAUCUUUUGUUCAUAACACAAAAUCUUUGAAAACUUUUUCUUUUUAUAUUUACUCGGAUACACUAGACAAAGGAAACAAAAGCUAUGAUCAGGUGGCGAAUGUUACUUUGGGUUUCAAUGAGAAAAAGAUCGAUAAUUUUGGUUCUAAAUCUUCAUCAAGUGUUCUUGAAAACAUACAAAAUGGUCAAGGCUCGAUGCUUGUGAAAGGGAAUUUAGUUGUUAGUGGUUUGGGGAGUACACAAGAGAUUACCAACACCGCCUUUAGUCCCACCGUCGAUAUGAGUUACAUCUCCCGACCACCACCGAAGAAUCAAAACGUCGUUGCCAUCUUCCCCAACAAACCCAUUUCACGUCACCUUCUCAGGCGACCAUCUUCCUCAGCAAACCCUUCGAUCCCAAUGAUGAUUUGA